AUGGCCUCCACCUCCGAGCCUCCCCAACAGUUCCUCACACCACGCUCUGUCACAACCCUCAAGACCGAUGACGCCCAUCAUCGCACCCCCUUAUCGAGAGCGCCGAGCAUAGAUAUGCGAGCCGAGCAAGAAGAUCUCAAAACGGCGGCAGAGCAAUCGCUGAACGUGAUUCUCGACCUAGGUCUGGAUGGGAUGAUACGAUGGGUCAGCCAGUCUUGGAAGGAUAUCGUGGGGACUCUGCCACAGGAUGUCAAAGGCAAACCCAUUGCCGACCUUUGUGUGACAAAUCAAGAUGCUUUCUCGAACGCUGCAGAAGGGAUGAAGAGUGACGACCCCAAAUGCAGGAUCAUCCGCUUCAAGAUGGUUUUGGGUCCGUACUCGGUGUUGAGAACGAAUGAAGGAGAGCAAAGCGAGACUGGAGAGGGCGAUGAGGCGACCGUGGAGGUCGAGGAGCAAGAGCAAGUCAUCAACCUUAAGGGACAAGGCAUUAUGGUUUAUGAUCGAUCGUCUGGUGGCGAAAGUCAUACAAUGUGGAUGCUCCGACCGUCUUCGCCACCGAAAGAGGUUACCAUUGAUCUCCCUGAACUUCUGGUGGACUCCCUGGGUGUAGGUGCGGAAAUGUUGGCUCAAUACCUUACCAUAGUAGCAGAGUCCGGCGUCAGCGACCCUGAAUCACAUCCGCCCCCAUUGCCAAUUAUGUGCCGCAUAUGUGAACAGCAGAUUACACCUUGGUGGUUUGAGCGGCACACAGAGGGAUGUACUCAAGAGCAUCGGGCGGAAUCAGAAGUCACCACGGCGCAGGAUUCGCUCACAGAGCAUCGGCACGCGAUUGUGAAGGUGCUAGAUGCGCUUGACCCUGACACUCGGCAGGGUCGCCCACCUGUGUCCGGUGAGACUAGUACUCAACCACCGAUAGCCAGAGCUGAGUACAAGGGACUGUCCAUCGGGCCUUCUGCACACUCUUCUCCGUCCACAGACUCGAAUAGAGGAUCGCCCAUCCCCUCACGGUCACCCUCCGUGUCGGGACUGACUCAUUCAAGAUCUAAAUCGUUCGCAGUCCGGCGCCCAAUCUCAAAGAUUGUCACCCUACUCGUGGAUCUCUGUGACACCGCUCUCGAUAUUAGCAUGCCCACAAUCAAACAACAGGAACAUGAGGAAAACAAUCUUCGAAGCCAGUCCCCGCAGUCAGAGUCUCGCACAUCGCAAGUCUUGGCGUGGCAAACUCCUAGCGUUGCUGCUUCUGAUGACGAACAAGGCCUUGCUGCGCUGAUCAGGGAUACUGAGAAUCUUGCACAAGCCAAAGUCGACACUGUCCUUCGUUACCGCGAAAUCCUUGAGUAUACAGAGCGCAUUCGGUUGGAAUUCAAUGACCUGAUCUUGGACUGCAUAGAUGCUGCCAUUAAGAAAGCGUCUAGCAUCAAAGCCGGAGACCUGAGCGAUUCUUCGUCCGAGAAUGAGAACGAGGCGUCAUCGGGGGAGCAAGCUCCUGCUGGGGAAGCCAUGGCCCACGACAGUGAGGAGGUAUCGACGCCUAUUUCGUUGCAACGUAGAGACUCUGACUCGCCUUCCGUUUUGUCACAUCUCGAGAAACGGAAAUCUUCGAUCGCGGCAUCAUCGACAAGAUCAAGCAGUCCUAUGGAAUGUCCAACACCCCGUUCUCAUGUCUUUGGCAAGCCCUUAAGUCGAUCGGACUCCCUGAGCAAAAGGCACUCCAUGCUAUUCGAAAGUGAUACCGCUGACAGUGACACGAACAUGUCUCGAUCUGCAAUGAUUUGCUCAAGGCGGACCGAGUCUCCAGAGAUUGUAGCACGUUCGACAAGCGCCGCAGGCGAACGGAAAAGAAGGAGCCUGAAGCUGCCGAAUAUGCCAUCCCCCCACCGUAAUCCAUCUCCAGCAAGGAUUUCGGUCGCCCCAGCCUCUCCCUUACGGAUGCCUAAGCCACGUAUACCACUAGGAAAUGAUUCAAGGCCCGAGUCCAUGCCCCCUCUCCCGUCGCCAAUAACAUCUCCUCCUCUUUCUAAUACUGAAGCUUCUUCGCCCCUCAUACCUAUACAAAGGCACCGCCGCCAGUCAUCUGCAGCGUCCUCUGUCGCUGAUCCAAACAGACCACCAGCGUCACCAAGGCUGGGUGGACUUAGUCAGCCUCCAAACCGGCCAAUAUCAACCUCAAUCAAGGACUUCGAAAUCAUUAAGCCUAUCAGUAAAGGUGCCUUUGGAAGUGUCUAUUUGUCGAAAAAGAAGUCCACUGGCGACUAUUUCGCUAUCAAGGUCUUGCGCAAAGCUGACAUGGUUGCCAAAAAUCAGGUCACCAACGUGAAGGCUGAACGUGCCAUAAUGAUGUGGCAAGGCGAAAGUGACUUCGUUGCGAAGCUAUACUGGACAUUCUCAAGUAAAGAUUACCUAUUCCUAGUGAUGGAAUAUCUGAAUGGGGGCGAUUGCGCUGCCCUUGUGAAAGUGCUUGGGUGCCUCCCCGAGGAUUGGGCGAAGAAAUACAUUGCCGAAGUUGUACAAGGCAUAGAGCAUUUGCAUAGCCGUGGCAUCGUCCAUCGGGACAUUAAACCGGACAACCUUCUCAUCGACCCGAAAGGCCAUCUAAAGCUUACAGACUUUGGGCUGUCACGUAUGGGUUUGAUAGGGAGACAAAAACGGGCCCUCAAGAGUCCAAGUGAAUCAACACCGGAUCUACUUAAGCAUGGACCUUUUGCUCGAGCUACGUCCAUCACUUCUUCUCGCUCAGCCUCAUUUGACUUUGGUGGAAACAAUGGCCCUUCGCCCCAAUCAACACCAGUCAUGACUCCAGAUCUUGCUGGUGGCCUUGGUCAACCGUCGUACUUCAGCCUCAAUCGUGAUACUAUUCUGGGUCGUGAGCAUUCUCGUCGGAAAUCUGGCUAUCGCAGUGACAGCGGCAACAGUGACACAUUCAGCACAAUGUUCAGGAACUUCUCGCUGAACGAUGAGACGUCAUCUCGUGGUGAGCGUAUUGAGGAAGAGACGCACAGUGACAGCGGUUCUCCUGAUCUGUAUGCCCUCCGGCCGACGAUCAGUAACCAGAAUCGAGGUAUGCCCGACACUCCGCCCCAAGCCCAAAUGCCUCCACCUCCGCUGGCGCUGUUUGAUCCAGAGGACCAAACCCGAAGAUUCGUGGGCACGCCCGACUAUUUAGCACCUGAGACGAUCAAUGGCGUCGGCCAGGACGAAAUGAGUGACUGGUGGUCGCUUGGCUGCAUUCUAUUCGAGUUCCUUUACGGAAUUCCACCUUUUCACGCUGACACGCCUGAAAAGGUGUUUGAAAAUAUCCUUGCGCGUAGAAUUGCUUGGCCGAGCCAUCAGGAAUUCCCAACCUCUGAAGAUGCUAAAGAUAUUAUGUCGAAGCUAAUGACGGUCAAUCCAAAAGAGCGUCUUGGUUCAAACAUCAAAGAGAAACAUUCCUCUGGUGGAGAAGAGAUACGUCUACAUCCGUGGUUUGAGGGCACUAAUUGGGAGACCCUGCUAGAAGACGAAGCUUCCUUCAUACCAGCACCCGAACAUCCUGAAGAUACUGACUACUUCGAUGCAAGAGGCGCCACCCUCCAAAGUUUCAAUGAAGAGAUGGAGGAUCAAGGUUCGUCGCCCGCUCUGACCCCGAGUGCAGAGCUUGCAGCAGAACGACCUCAUGACGCUCUUUCUCGCGUUCGGUCGCAGGUAAAUUCUGCAAAGCGCGGUCUGAUGCCCUUGCACAUCCCUCCUCAUGUGAGAGAAAGCCGCAGUAGACGACUUAGCGAACCUGUGGCGACCGAUGACUUUGGAAGCUUUGCUUUCAAAAAUUUGCCAGUGCUCGAAAAAGCGAAUAAGGAUUUGCUCCAAAAGAUGCGGGUGGAAGCCGCCCAGAAACAGGCCAAGUCCGCUGGUACAGCAGUUUCAUCUGCUACAAGUGCAACGGGUCCCUCCCUGGAAGGGAGUCCUUUACUCCAACACAAUAACAGCAUUAAGAGGAGCUUGUCCAGUAAGCGCCCCAAGUCGCCCUCAGGUAUCAGUCAGCCAAGCGCCUCUCCAAACCGAGUCUCUCAGCCAUCUUCUCCGUUGGUCUCUUUCUCGACAGGACAAAGUCAUGAGCGGAGGAAGACUUCAAGCGCGUCUUCUACUCUCUCCCAUCAAUCAAGUGUCUCAUUGCAGCCAGGCCAUAUUUUCGAGCCGCCGAGGCUGCCAAUAAGCCAGUCUAUGACGGCUGGCACCUCGGUGGCUUCAUCACCGGUAAAAUCAGCAAGGCAUUCCAUGAAUAUGCUUAUUUCUUCACCCGAGAAGGGCACACCAGCCUCCUCGCGUCCGCAAAGCAUGUUUCUCCCGAGUACAUCACGUGCGAGGUCACAGACUGUUGGCUCUCAAGAAAGCGCCGAUAGUGUUCCACAUCGACAGGUAUCGCAUAAUAAGCGUCAUAGUCAGGUCAUUGACAUUUCACCGUCUUCGUCGGACGGCGAAGAUCCGCGUGCUAAGGCGCUGUUACGUGUUCAAAGACGACGACAGAGCUCCCGAAGAAUGUCACAAUUCGCUCUUGGAGUCGAUGUGCCAGCUUUCCGGCCGCUCGACGUCUUGAUCUGUGAAGAUCAUCCCGUCUCACGCUUAGUCAUGGAAAGACUCCUGGAGAAGCUCAAAUGCAGGACUAUUACCGUGGCCAACGGACCGGAAGCGGCUCGAUACGCAAUGAGUGAAGUGCAAUUCGACAUCAUCAUGAUGGAAUUUAAGCUACCGCAAAUCAGUGGGGCAGACGUGGCAAGAAUGAUUAGGGACACCAAGAGUGCGAAUAGCCAGACACCGAUCAUCGCAGUGACUGGCUACCUGAAUGAACUACCGUCAAACCAUCAUUUUGAUGCGCUGAUUGAGAAGCCAGCUACGGUGGAUAAGAUUACUGAGGUGCUUCAGAAUCUUUGCCACUGGAGGGCGCCCCCUCCGAAUUACAACCAACAAGCUAAGGCAGAGCAACAACAGCACACACCGCCUCAAAACACACCUUCAGGUCUGCGGCAAGAGUCUCGCCGUUCCGAUGAUAGUCCAAGCUCACAGUCCUCUGGCCCAUUUAGCCACAUACCCGGUCUCCGUAAGCGUUCUAGCCGCGAACAUUCAAUAGGGUCAAGCUUUUUCGGCGAUACAGACUCAACUAACACUGAAGAUAUACCUUCGCUCCUUGGCCGGCCCUCUGAUGAUUGGCCUGCAAACAAGGGUCUAGGUAUCUCCAAACCACCCUUUAUACCACCCGGUCAGGAUUCCAAGGGCGAAAGUCCUCCAAUUGAGUCCUUCCACCCUGGCCUACCCCACCUAAUCCACCAGAAUUCUGCCCCUGCAUCAAUCGACCUUCAACUGCCGCGUAAGAAGCGCUCUGCUGAAGCAGUCAAGGCCAAGCGGGAGGACUUUGAACGAAACAGACACGAGUGUGCUGAAAGUGGCGAUGACGAAGACGAAGAGCUUGGCCAUGUUCAAGUCCGUACGCGUAGUCCUCGACGAAUCACCAAUCCGGCCAAGAGGUCCUCGAAGCUUGGUAUCGAGAUGAUGCGCACCAACAGUCGCGGCAGCAUAGACGAAAGCGAUUCGACACAUUGUCCACAUCCCAACCCAAAGGAGGAACGAGCUGAUCAGAUUGCUGUAGUUAUUGCCGAGACUGACAUCAGCCGUCUGAGACUCAGUGAUACUCCGCCGUCGGCCGUUUCAAUAGACAUGGCUGGCGACAUACCGCCCAUGUCUCUUGCUGAACAAAGUGAGAAAUUACGUGGAGAGCGUCAUCUCACCCCUCCGGAGCGCUUCCCGCCGGAAUCGAAGGGGGAUAACGUGCAGAUAAUAGACAUGGAUGCUACGCCGAGACCCCCGCCUACAGGUCAUACACCUGCUGAGGAGAAAGAGGAAGAUGAUCUUGGACUACCCAUUCAGAUGACAUCAACGCCCACAAACAAGAGCUUUCCACGACUCAAGGAAUGA